UCUGCCUUUCUUUAUAACAGCGAACAAAAGCAGUCCGUAAUAGUGCACGAGGAGACACCGGCAAGGGUUUGUUAGAAAAUGGAAAAUCAACUCUGUAAAUUGUUCAUCGGUGGAUUAAACAUCAACACUACCGAUGACGGACUUCGGAAACAUUUUGAACAGUAUGGAACGCUCACCGACUGCGUGGUAGUUCAAAACCAGCAACUGAAACGUUCCCGCUGUUUCGGCUUUGUCAGUUAUUCGACUCCAGCUGAAGCAGAUGCAGCAAUGGCGGCUCGUCCGCAUGUGGUGGACGGUAAUAAUGUGGAGCUGAAGAGAGCCGUGGCGCGGGAAGACGCUGGAAAGCCAGAAGCCCUCGCAAAAGUGAAGAAGAUAUUUGUGGGAGGCCUGAAAGAGGACGUGGAUGAGCAGCACCUGAGUGAUUACUUUUCUCAGUUUGGCUCCAUCGAGAAGGCCGAAGUGAUUGGCGAUAAAAAUACAGGCAAGAAGAGAGGCUUUGGCUUUGUUUACUUUGAUGACCACGACUCCGCAGACAAGGCUGUUGUGUUAAAGUAUCAUACAAUCAAUGGACAUAAGAUCGAGGUUAAAAAGGCCCUCUCUAAGCAGGAGAUGCAGGCUGCGACGACAUCCCGUGGAGGCAGUCGUGGACGAGGAGGGCGUGGAACCGGUAGAACCCAAAAUGGCUUUGGAGGCGGAAGAGGAGGCAGCUCCUAUUCGAGUUACAGCGGCGGCUACGGUGACGGUUAUGGCGGUGCUAAUACUAGCUACGGAAGCGGUUACAGUACCAGUUAUGGUAGUGGCUAUGGGGAUAGCCAAGUGGGAGGCUAUGGAAAUGGCUACAGUGACUUUAGUAGCAGUUACGGGCAGCAGCCUUCCGAAUACGGAGCAGUGAAAGGCAGCUACUCGGGGCGAAGUGGCACGCAGUAUUCUAGAGGUGGCGGCUACAGCAGAGGGGGUUAUGGAGCCCCCUACUGAGCGCAUUUAUGCGAACAUUUGCUGCUGUGCUACAAGCACCCGAGCAAUCCCCCAUUCAGAAAAAUCGACUUUCCACGAAAAACUCUGAAAAUGAUUUGGACUGGACCGGAACUUUAUUUUUUUUCCCCCCAUUCCCUUCCGCAACCCACUGGUAAGAGCAAAGGAGGUCUCGAUUUCAAGCUGGGUGACACAGGUAGGGUACUCGCUACCCGAGCUAAAGAGCCAGCGAAUACAGUGCGUACCAGCCUUUUUUUUUUUUUUAAUACAAAUAGAAGCCGGUGCCUCCUGUCCGACAACGACCGUUUAUGCUUCACAGGGCGCACAUUUAUGACAUCUUCUCGCUGAUAAAGCUUACAACAUUUCUGUAUAAAAAUCUUUAAUGAUGUAGCUUGAAUGCCUUUUCUUUUGGGAGUUUUUUUUUUGGUUUUAUGUUAACUUUUAAGUACUAAAAGCUUUGUGAGGUUAAUGAGCGGGCACUGUAUAUUUGUAACUUAUGUUUAAUUCAUGUUUUAUAAGUAUUGAGUUACUCGGAGAGGAUUAUAGAAGUUUGUCUUACUGUAGUGCCCUUUUAUAUUCAACAUGGUCCGAAGGAGAGAUUGGUACAUUCUCCAGGAAUUGUGAAAAGCAUUUUCGCCAGAAGAAAUUAAUCGCAAAGCACGUGGUACCUGAGCCCCCCCCCCCCCCCCCCCCACUUGAUAGUUACCUCCUGCUUCUAACAUCACGCAGUCAUUCUUCAAGGAUGUAUGUCGAUUAGUACUCAAUACUUCCUGCUUCACGACUUUGUGUUCGUAUUUUCUAAACUUAGGUUAAACAUGCAGUUAACCGAAAACGGGAGCAGUUGAAUUCAUUUUCAGGAAAGAAAAAUGUAUUAAUGUAGAACUAUUGACACUUUGACGUGGUAUUGUUAUGUCUGUAUGUAUUCCAUUUCAGAAAAUAAAACUUUUUAUUCCAAACAAAAAUAAAA